GUAGAUCACUGCUAUCGCUCGAAUAUAAAAAAAAUGAGUAAAAUAACUCGUGACUUUAUAAAACGUUUGUAUUUGGUGUGGAUUGCUUUUUGCAUCAAUUUCAACGAUGCCAAACCAGACUCAAUUCAAAUUGAAUCAAUUUCACUUGAUUUUGAGCAAAUUAAAAGCGAUUUAUUUUUACAAAAUUCUUAUAAUUUUUCAACUAUAACCAACCCUACUCUAAAUGCUAUCUGCGCAAAUGAAAUGGAUGAAAUCAAAAAUGGUUUGCAGAAUUCUUCAGAUUGGUCUUUGGAACUUAUCGAUACAUGGGCAAAACUCCCAUCAACCGUAUCCAGUGUGUAUUCGUAUGAAUUUGGUAAAUUUUCUCAAUGUUUUAAUAUCAAACGACAUGAAAAAGUCGAAAGAACUCAAUAUUGUAUGGGGCAACUCGUCAUCGAGCAGGAAUUCGAUCGAAUAAUCAAUUUGUCGGAUCCGAUUAAGGAUGGAACCCUAAAACCAGAAUUUCUCUUACCACAGCCAGCCAAAGGUGUCGCCAUUAACUUUGGACUUUGUUUGCCACGGAUGUGUUCAUUGCGAGGAAUCGAACCAAUUCUCAAUUAUUUAAUUCAACAAAAACAAAUCAACGCAUCAAUAAAAUUGUUUGAAGACACUUGCCAAACGGAAGAGAUUCCUUCUGAAUUCAAAACCAUUGAUUUGAUUGCAAUUAUAUUUUUAGGAACUGUUUUAUGCUUGGUGCUGGCGAGUACAUUUUAUGAUGUGUCGUGCACUCUUAAUAGGCGCGAAAAAUCACAAUUAUUUUUGGCGUUUUCAUUUUAUACGAAUGGCAAAAACUUGUUCUCAGUUCAAGAACCGAAUUCAACUGAUACGAUUAGAUGCAUAGAUGGUAUUCGGGCUAUAUCAGCAAUAUGUGUCGUCCUAUUUCAUCAGAAUUUUAUCUAUUCAGAAGUUCCAAGACAAAACUACAAUACAAUUUUCCAUAAUAAAACAGAAUACUUCAACUUAAUUUUUUACAUUGGACUCCAAGCAGUCGACACAUUUUUUGUUUUAAGCGGACUAUUACUAUCAAUUGGAAUACUAAAAAAAUUCAAAAAAAGUGGUCGAAUAAAUGUGCCACUACUGUAUUUUCAUCGCUACAUUCGACUCACGCCACUUUUGGGUGUGACCAUUUUGGUAAUUAUCUCCCCAUUUCGAUUUACCGGAAGUGGUCCGCUUUGGUCUAGUGUUUAUCGCAAAUUUAGUAUAGAUUGCGAACAGUUCUGGUGGACAAAUCUAAUAUACGCACAGAAUUAUAUGAAUCCAUUUCGAGUGUGUAAUAUACCAUCCUGGUAUUUAGCUGUCGAUAUGCAGCUCUUUCUAAUUACACCGCCAAUCAUUUAUUUCAUAUAUCGAUUCAAAACAAAGGCCAUUUAUACUUUAUUGGUGCCCAUUUUGGUUUGUAUGGCAAUUACUGUGGCCGAAUACAGGACUCCUACUGUUCAUAGAUUCAUACUAUAUAACUAUACACAUCUUCGAUGCACACCGUGGUUGAUUGGUGUCAUUGCUGGAUAUGUUCUACUCAAAACAAGAAACAAAAAUGUAAACAUACCUAAGAUGCUCAACAUAUUUGCGUGGACAUUGUCCUUUGCUUCAAUGAUAGUUAUAUCACAUAUUCAAUCUCUGAAUUUUGAACGAGUUGAUUUGAAACCAAUUGAAUAUGGGUUGUAUUUGGGCGGCAGUCGAAUUAUUUGGUCAAUUUCGUUGUGCUAUAUCAUUUUUGCUUGCGUUCAUAAUUAUGGUGGUUUUGUCAAUUGGUUUUUGGCUCAUCCGUUUUGGAAGCCCAUUUCAAAACUUUCUUUUUCCAUUUAUUUGAUACACUUUGUCGUCAUAUAUCGUAUAUUUUGGAUGAAAACUUCAGUUCCCUUCAGCGAAAUGAUUGUGUUUUAUAAUUUCUUUAUCACCUUUGUGAUAAGUCUCAUGAUGUCAAUCAUAGCAAACUUAGCCUUUGAAGCGCCGAUGACAACAAUAGCCAACGUUAUUUUUAAGAAUCAUUCAAAAGCAAAAACGAUUGAUAAAGAUCAAAGCAUGGAUGUUCAACAAAAAUAAUAUCUAGUUUUUCUAUUAUGAUUUGUGAAAAGAUUUAGGUUUUGAAUUAUUGGAUUAUUGGAUUAAAACGGGGAGUGUCCUAUUUAAACAGUAAAAUUUUAAUAUAGUUACUCGUUGCUCAAGUUUCAUAACUUAUUGCAAGACGCCCGUGUGUGUAUUGAAUACACGAGAAUAGUGUUUUAUCCAAAAAUGUUUCUAAGGCAUGGAUUGUCAUCGCAUGCCCGUUUGAAAAACGUUACCAAUUUGAAUACACUCGGUGCAUGAAUCAAAGGGUAGGAUCUCCAGCCCGUGAAGUCAGCCCGUAUGGUAUCCAACAUUGGACAUCUAUCUAUGAGGUGGGCAGUGGUUUCCCCUUCUCCACCACACAGUCUACAGUCCGGGUCGUCUCUGAGAUUUAGAUUUCUCAUAUGAGAAUUGAUCCUGGCGUGCCCGGUAAGUAAACCAAUUACCAUCCGGAGGUCUUCCUUGGGUAAUUUGGCUAAUUCCACCGUGACUUUUGAACAUGUAAAUUGAGCGAAGUGUUUCGUUUGCUCACAUGAGAACGUACCCUGCCAAUUUAGGCGGGAUUUGUUGCUGAGCCAAGUAGCUUAGGUUUUGAUGAGGUCUUGGUUAUGCCUUGGACACAAUUUU